UAUAAAUGGAAAGUAGACAAGAAAUCUCAAGUUUGAUUUUUCAAAGAGCAAGUUGGAAGAAAGUUUCAUUUAACACAUUCGCAAGCCAGCUUCUAAUUUGACUCCCAAUUGUAGGCGGAGGAGUAUUCAGCACGCUUCUAGCAGAAAGAGGGCAUAGUGUCCCCAUGCUUCAACUAGCAUUACUAUAUCUGUUCCUGUGUAUUUGGCUAUCUAAAUAUUUCUUUGAAACUAUGAGCCUGACAUUUAAAGAUAUCGUAUUCCUAUCGAUCACAGGGAUUUUAGACUGCCAUGCUAAUUUUCUGAUAGUAAAAGCUUAUUCAUACACGACGAUUACUAGUGUGAUGAUUCUAAUGGUGUUCACAGUCCCAUCAGCUGUCUUCCUUUCAGUGUUAUUUCUGAGAAUCAAAUACUGAUGGCUGCAUUAUGCUAGCUGAGUGUUAAGCAUUUGCUCAGUCAUCAUAGUCAUUAUCUGAGACAUCUAUGAAUAUGAACAUAAUGAUGACAUCAAUAGAAUGAGCAUUAUCUUUGGCGAUCUGUUCUGAAUAAUUGGUGUGUUUUUCCUAGCUUCUACUAAUGUUUACCAGGAAUGGCUUAUUGGGAAAAACUAUCAAAUAAGUGAGAUUUUGGCAUUCCAAGCUCCUAUUGGGGUUGUUUUUGCUAUUCUUGAGGGAUGGUUAAUAGGUGAAUUCACAGAUAUUUUCUCAACAAGCCCACAGGAUAUUGUUCCUUGUAUAUUAUUUUUACUUGGAUUUGCUUUGGUAAAUUUUAUUCUAUACAAUUUUAUUCCAUAUUUUAUAUCGAUGGCUGGGGCAACUCUGAUGAACAUUGGAAAUUUGACUGCAUCUGUAUACUCUAUGCUGUUUGACAUCUUUCUGUUCAAUGGAAAUUUCAAGUGGUUCUACUUAAUCGGAUUCCUAUUCCAGAUUACUUCAAUCUUUUUGUUCAGUCUUAAAGACCCAAUUUGCAAAGAAAACGCCUCUCAAGAGCCAAGCAAAGCUCCUAAGUACACUGAAUUAAAAUCAAAGGAGGAGUUAGUACAACCUAUGUUGCUCUAGAGGUUUCCUUAACUUCUCCCUAAGCUUCUACAGGCAAAACCCAAGUUUCUUGCGGCUUGAAAUAUUUAAUUAC